CGGGGCUUGGGCUGAGGGGCGGAGCAUGGCUCGUGACGCCAUAGAAAGAGGGCGGGGCCUGUUACAAUAAGCGGGUACUGCGGAAGGUAGUCUUCGGCAAGUGAAGAAGACGUUCACGCCACAACUCCUCAGCAACAUGAAUGUUCUGGUGGUGUUCCUCCUGCUUCAGUGGGCCAAAGCACUUCUCAGCCAAAGGGCCAACCGGCGACCAAACUACAUUGUUUUAAUGGCAGACGAUCUCGGUAUCGGAGACUUGGGAUGUUACGGAAACACCACUCUCAGGACCCCUCAUAUAGACAGCCUGGCAAAGGAUGGAGUACUGCUGAGCCACCACAUAGCUGCAGCUUCUGUCUGUACCCCAAGCAGAGCUGCCUUUCUGACAGGCCGAUACCCAAUCAGGUCGGGAAUGGCCUCCUUCCACAGAAUGGGUGUCUACCUUUUUGUUGCUGGGUCAGGUGGACUUCCCACCAAUGAGAGCACCUUUGUCAAGCUGUUGAAAGAGGAAGGCUAUUCCACUGCCUUGAUAGGGAAGUGGCACCUUGGCUUGAACUGCGAAACCAGUGACGAUCACUGUCACCAUCCGGCACGUCACGGGUUUGACUACUUUUACGGCCUUCCGUUGACCAAUCUGCGCAAUUGCAGGCCCAACAGUGGCAACGUCAUCAUCGCAGGAACUCGAAGUAUCACCAGUUUCACUCUCCAGCUUGUUACGGCGGGGCUUUUCACCCUGUUGCUCCUGGACUACUUGACCUCGGUGAAGGUACCUUGGAGAGCUCUGGGCUAUGCCUUCCUGGUGGCCGCCAUAUUGCUUGGCAUUAUAGUGAUUUUCUUCACCCAGUUUCGCAACUUCAACUGCAUCCUGAUGCGAAAUGAGAAGAUAAUUCAGCAGCCCUUUUCGUAUGACAACCUGAUGCAGAAAUUGACCAAUGAGGCCACAAACUUCCUGGAACGCAAUUCAGACCAUCCAUUCCUGCUCUUCAUGUCCUACCUACAAGUCCAUACAGCAUUGUAUGCCACCCCAGAGUUUCACGGGAAAAGCAAGCAUGGUUUGUAUGGGGACUGCGUGGAGGAGAUGGACUGGAGUGUAGGACAAAUCCUGGCUUCAUUGGAAAGGCUCGGUCUUAGUGAACAGACUCUGGUCUAUUUCACUUCAGACCAAGGGGCCCAUGUUGAAGAGGUUUCGGACAGAGGGGAGAUGCAUGGAGGGUGGAAUGGCAUCUACAAGGGAGGAAAGUCCACCAACUGGGAAGGUGGGAUCCGUGUUCCAGGUCUCCUCCGAUGGCCUGGCGUCCUGACAGCGGGCAAGACAGUCCAUGGGCCAACCAGCAACAUGGACAUCUUCCCAACAGUUGUCAACCUGGCCCAAGCAACGAUGCCAAGUAACCGGAUAAUCGAUGGCCGGGAUUUAAUGCCUUUACUCCGAGGUGAAGUUCAGCAAUCCGAGCACGAGUUUCUCUUCCAUUACUGUAACAGUCGCUUGAGUGCAGUUCGCUGGCAUCCGAGGGAUGGCACUGCUGUAUGGAAAGCCCACUUCUUCACACCUAACUUCAACCCAGAGGGAGCACAGGGUUGCUUUGACACACAUAUCUGCAUGUGCGACAGACAAUUUGUCAGCUAUCAUGACCCACCUUUACUCUAUGAUCUACUGAGAGACCCAUCAGAGAUGUCACCUGUGACGCCUGCCUCUGAACCACGCUACCACCAGAUCUUAAAGGUGAUGUUGGCAGCGGUGGAGGACCACCACAGGUCAGUGACAGCUGUCCCCAACCAGUUGUCUCUCAACAACGUACUGUGGAAGCCAUGGUUACAGCCUUGCUGUAGUACUUUGUGGCAGAGCUGUCGGUGUAGCAGCGAGAGAGGCAACGGACCACCAGUGGAUUCUGACUCUUCCCUAUCCGAUGCCUGACCAGACUGUAAUCUAGAUCUAUAAGAAGCAGGCGAUGAUGUGGUGGCCUUCCUUCACCUUCCAUUCUUGGAAUUCUUCUUGGACUUCCUUUGCUUUGUUCUCUUACUUUCUCUUCUUCCUUCCUCCAUUCCACCCCUCCUUUCUCCCCUCACCCCUGUACUCUCCUCUCUAAACCCCUUCCCUUCCCCCUCUCUGUCUGACCCCUCCUCACCUCUCUUCCCCCUCUGUUGAAUAUUUAAUACUUCAGUAACAUUUGAGUAAUCUUGUAAAUAUAUUGUUUCAAUAAGCAUUCUUUGGUGUUUAUAUCAUUCAUUAUGGUUAUCGUAAAAAUAUUCAUGAAUUGCAUACAUCAUCACACUACUACAGGAUACAUGUGGGUCGCGCUUAAAAUAAACAAAGUUGGAUUCAUA